AUGUCUAAACGAGUAGCAGAAGAAUUGUCUUUAACUGAUAAGGAGAUUCGUUAUAAUGCAACAACUUCUUCAAAGACAACCAUAAAAUUUAUGACUGAUGGCGUUUUACUACGUGAACUUGCGGGAGAUUUUUUACUAUCACGAUAUUCAGCUAUUAUUAUCGAUGAGGCUCAUGAAAGAAGCUUAAACACUGAUAUUUUGAUUGGAGUUGUGAGUCGUGUUCUUCGACUGCGUGCUGAAUUGUCGGAAGAGGAGAAGGGCAGAAUUAGGCCGUUAAAGAUUAUUAUCAUGUCAGCUACAUUACGUGUUUCUGAUUUUACGGAAAAUAAAACGCUCUUCAAAAUCCCUCCCCCCGUAAUAAACGUUAAUGCUAGACAAUUUCCGGUAUCUAUUCAUUUCAACAAACGUACACCAAAAAUCGAUUAUGUCACCGAAGCAUAUAAAAAAGUGUGCAAGAUACACACACGACUUCCGCAUGGAGGUAUUCUUGUCUUUCUGACCGGACAAAAUGAGAUCUCGAUUAUUUGUAAAAAACUACGGAAGAAAUUCUCAAAUAUUCGAGCUAGUGGCAGUAAACAGUAUUAUCAGGAACAACAGGCCAUGAAUGAGAGCUUUGAAAAGUCAAGGGAAAAUUUAACGGCUAAAGAAGCUGAUAUUGAACCUGAGGAAUUAGCCAUUGGUGAUGACGAAGAAGAUGAACCAGAAACCUUUGAAUCACAAUCCGAAGAUACAGAAGAGGAAGGAUUUGAUAAUGGUGGAGAUGAACAAGAAGCAGAUGUUCCACUUCAUGUUCUUCCAUUAUAUUCUUUACUUCCAAUCCAAGCACAAAUGCGAGUUUUUGAAUCUCCACCUGAAGGAACUCGUUUAUGUGUAAUCGCCACAAACAUCGCAGAGACAUCUCUAACAAUUCCCGGAAUCAAAUAUGUGGUUGAUUGUGGCAAGGUCAAAGAACGACAAUAUGAUAUUGCCACUAAUGUACAAUCAUACAGGAUUAAUUGGAUCUCGAAAGCAUCUGCAGAUCAAAGAGCUGGUCGUGCUGGUCGAACAGCCCCAGGACACUGUUAUCGUAUUUAUUCAUCAACUGUAUUUCAUGAACAAUUUGAACAAUUUUCUACGCCUGAAAUUCUUCGUAUGCCGAUUGAGGGUGUUGUUUUGCAAAUGAAAGCAAUGAAUAUCGAUACCGUUGCAAAUUUUCCAUUUCCGACACCACCUGAUCGUAAUCAAUUACGUAAGGCAGAGAAAUUGCUUGUAAAUUUGGGUGCAUUAGAUGAAAAUAAUCGAAUUACAGAAUUGGGUCGAACAAUGUCGACAUUCCCGAUUUCACCUCGAUUCGCAAAGAUGUUAAUAAUUGGUCCACAGCAUGGUUGUCUUCCAUACGUUAUUGCAAUAGUUUCCCUUUUAUCAGUUGGUGAUCCGUUUAUAAAAGACUAUCAACUCGAGGAUCUUGAUGAUACUGCUCGUGAACAUAAAGAUGACAGAAACGAGAAUGAAAAUGACAACGUUAAAAAUGAUGAUGAAGAUAGUAAACUUCAGGCCCAAGAGCUUAGUCAAAUUCAAAAAUCAAAAAUAGCCGAAAAAGAACAAAGAAAAUUAAAGAGAAGCGAGUUCUUUAAAGUUCAAAAGAAACAUGCUGGUCUUGAUCCGACUAGUGAUAUUCUCAAAUUUUUGAAUGUGGUUGGUGCGUACGAAUAUGCUGGUGGUACAGAUGAUUUUUGCGAAAAGAAUUUUGUUCGGCAAAAGACUAUGCAAGAAAUCCAUAAACUUCGAGGUCAAAUCACAAAUCUUGUUUCGUCUAAUUGUCCAAAUAUAGAUGUGUACGUGGAUCCAAAGAUGAAACCUCCUUCUAAAGCACAGCUCAAGGUACUCCGUCAAAUAAUCACCGCAGGCUUUAUUGAUCAAGUAGCUGUUCGUAAAGGUUUGGUAGAUAAAUCAGCCAAUGCCGCAUCUUCAUUUAGCUCAACGCGUGGUGUUGCCUAUACAACUAUGUGGUCUGAUGAAGAUGCAUUUAUUCAUCCUUCAUCCGUUUUGUAUCAUGCCGAACCGCCAAAUUUUGUUGUAUACCAAGAAUUACAGCGAACUACUAAAAUCUGGAUGAAAGGUGUUACCGCUAUACAACCUAAUUGGCUCUCUAAGCUCGGAGAGUCAUUGUGCACGCACUCUUCAAACACUAAACAUCAUAAAGAUGCUGAAAUGAUUUCAUUCGUAAUACCCUCCUUUGGUCCAAAAAGUUGGGAAUUGCCGCCUAUUAAAGCUAUAGCCAAGCUAAUUAAUGGACGUUGGGUUUAUGGAAAAGCUUAA